AUGCCAGUUGGCGCAGCACUUGCCCUCUCUCAACCAGUGACGGUCAGAACCAGCUCGGCCCAAUCUGUGCUUGAUCUGUCGGCCGAGGCGACGGGCGAGAUUCGAACGAUUGGCAAGCUGCUGCCACCUCUGAGCAGCGAGGAAGUCGGUACCAUCCGGUGCAUCGGGCUCAAUUACCGCAACCACGCGCGGGAGAUGAAUCUGGAGCUCCCGGACCACCCGACCUUGUUCUUCAAGCCGGCAACCUGCUUGGGCGCGCCCAACGCACCUCUAGUAAUCCCCCAGCAAGCCACAGACAGCCAGGCCGAUUACGAAGCCGAGCUGGCCGUUGUCAUUGGCAAAUCGGCCCGCAACGUCCCCGUGGACCGCGCCCUUGACCACGUGCUGGGCUACCUCUGCUCCAACGACGUGACGGCACGCAAGCACCAGUUCCACGGCGCGCAGUGGGGUUUUGGUAAAGGUUUCGACGGCUUUGCGCCCAUGGGCCCUUGUCUGGUCUCGCCGCGGCGGGUGCCCGACCCAAGCGUCUUGAAGCUACGGACCACGCUCAACGGCGAGGUCAUGCAAGAGGGGGCUGCCGACGACAUGAUUUUUAGUAUUGCCGAAAUCAUUGCCUACUUAUCCCAGGGUACCACGCUGGCACCAGGCACUGUCAUAAUGACGGGUACUCCCCACGGCAUCGGUGUUAGCAAGAACCCGCCCGUCUUUCUCAAGCCCGACGACGACGUCAGAAUCGUUAUCAGCCACGGAUUGGGCAGCCUGGUUAAUCGCGUCGUGUAUGAGGAGACUUCUGGUUCGCUCAAGAAUGGUACGGUAUAA